GAAGAGAGAGAGAGAGAAGUUAGGAGGAUUCUGUAUCAUUCUCAACUCGGAUUGGGUCUCAGAAAGUAAACAAACGUGCAGAGAGAAAAAAAAGAGAGAAGAGAGAGUCCUCCUUGCCAAUAUAAUAUACAUUGACAACCUCUCUGUACUCUUGAGGGAAGCACAUGCUCCUCCUCUCCCUCUCUCCCUCCUUCCAGUUUUUAUUUUUUAUUUUCUGACCUCUUACUCCGUAAAAUCGCAUUAGUUUAUUUUAAUCUCCUAUCUUUCACAAUUCACAUGCCAUUUCUCUUUCUUCAUUGGUUAAUCUAUUCCCAAUGCUCUCAUUUUGAAGUUUAUUUACUCUCUUCUCCCAAAGACAACAGACGACGACGACUCUCUUCAGAUCUACUCACUGUUCAUUAUCCUUCCAUCAUCUGUUGAUUUUCCGGUGACCGAAACCAUAUAUAUAAAGUUUCUUGGUCAGAUCAAGAUUCUGGUUGAGUUAAAGAGUGCUUUUGUUUCUUGUAUGAAAGAGAAAUUUUGAUAAAUGGUCUGCGAAAUGGAGACUGAUCAGAUCGAAGAGAUGGACGUCGAAGUCUUAUCUUCCAUGUGGCCAGAAGAUGUCGGAAGCCAAGCAGACAACCAGUUCAACGUCGAGAAACCCGUAGGAGAUUCAGACACGUUGAAAGAAGUGGACAUCGCCGAGAAACGGACCAUGGCUGAUCUGAAACGUUUACCCGAACUAAUGAACACGACCGACCAAGGCUCCUCUCAACUCACCAACCUCGUGAGACAAUGGGAGUACAUGCAGGACCACGCCGUUAGGCUUUUGAGAGAAGAGCUCAAGAUCCUCACUAGGCAGAGAGAAGAAGCCGAGGCCAAAGAGCUGAAGAUCAUAGAGGAGCAUAACUUCGAGACCGAGGAGCCCGAGAACGUUCCGGUUUUGGAUGAGACGAGCCAUCUUUUCCGCAGGUUCAGGCAGAAGAAACGGGAUGAGCUGGUCGAUAGCAAGAGGGUUGUGAUCGAUGAGGAGUUUGACACGGUUGCGUAUUGGAAACAGAAGGCGUUGAGCUUGGAGAAGAUGCUUGAAGCGAGUACGGAGAGGGAGAGGAGACUGAUCGAGAAGCUGAACGAGAGUUUGAAGACUAUGGAGAGUCACUCCGCACCGGUGGAAGAGCUGACUCAGAAUCUUAACAGAGCUGAAGGGUUCUUGCAUUUCAUACUUCAGAAUGCACCUAUUGUUAUGGGUCAUCAGGAUAAAGAUUUGCGCUACUUGUUCAUCUACAACAAGUUCCCUAGUCUCCGUGAACAGGACAUUUUGGGGAAAACAGACGUGGAGAUAUUCCACGGAGGUGGAGUUAAAGAGUCCGAAGAUUUCAAAAGAGAGGUUCUUGAAAUGGGAAAAGCUUCAAAGAGAGAGAUAACAUUCGAGACUGAGCUAUUCGGUUCAAAGACGUUUUUGAUAUACGUCGAGCCUGUUUACAACAAAGCCCGCGAGAAAAUCGGUAUAAACUACAUGGGAAUGGAAGUAACCGAUCAGGUAAGGAAGAGAGAAAAGAUGGCCAAACUCAGAGAAGACAACGCGGUGAGAAAGGCAAUGGAGUCAGAACUGACCAAGACCAUCCACAUCACAGAGGAGACGAUGAGAGCUAAGCAAAUGCUGGCGACAAUGUCUCACGAGAUAAGAUCGCCGUUGUCAGGAGUGGUGGGAAUGGCUGAGAUACUUUCCACUACAAAGCUGGAUAAGGAGCAAAGACAGUUGUUGAAUGUCAUGAUCUCUUCUGGAGAUUUGGUGCUUCAGUUGAUAAACGAUAUUCUUGAUCUCUCCAAGGUUGAAUCAGGUGUGAUGAAACUAGAAGCUACAAAGUUUAGGCCAAGAGAAGUGGUGAAGCACGUGCUUCAGACAGCUGCUGCAUCGCUGAAGAAAGAUUUGACUUUAGAAGGAAACAUUGCAGAUGAAGUUCCUAUUUUGGUGGUUGGAGAUGUUCUAAGGAUUCGGCAGAUUCUCACCAACUUGAUAAGCAAUGCUAUCAAAUUCACACAUCAAGGCAAGGUUGGGAUCAAGCUCAAAGUGGUAUCAGAGCCAUCCUUUGCUACUGAUAAAGAACAAAACGAGACUUCGGUUUGGAUUUGCUGUGACGUUUAUGACACUGGAAUUGGCAUCCCAGAAAACGCUCUCCCUUGUUUGUUUAAGAAGUACAUGCAAGCAAGCGCUGAUCAUGCUCGCAAAUACGGUGGAACUGGUCUCGGUCUUGCCAUUUGUAAACAGUUGGUAGAGUUAAUGGGAGGUCAACUAACUGUGACAAGCCAGGUUAACUCCGGUUCAACGUUCACAUUCGUAUUACCUUACAAAGUUGCUACAUCAGAUGAUCAUUCGGAUGAUCAGGAUGAGUUCUCUGAUAUGGUUGAUCAUCAUCAACCUGAACCAGACGACACAACCGAAGGACACUUCCAGUUUAAACCGCUUCUAGGAUCUAUAUAUUCUAACGGCGGACCGGUUAUCAGCAGCAAUAGUUUCUUGCCUCAUAAAGCUAUGCUCACUACUACCCCUCUUAAGCUCAACAAUGGUUUCGUCGCCACUCCUUCUAACAACACUGGACAAAGCGAGACGGUUCAGGUUGAAAACGGUGGUUAUAUGGAUGAAUCAAGACAAAACUGUCCUGAGUCAGGUAAUCAAUAUGUCAAUGGGAAUGGUAGAUGUUCCUCCAAGGAAAGUGAAUCUUGCAGCAGUUCACAAGCUAGCUCAGAAGGUGGAGGAGUCCUAGAAAUGGAGUCAGAGCUUACAGUUUCGUCUCUUAGGGAAGAAGAAAAAACAGAGACGGAGCUUAAAGAGACAUCAAAGCAGCCAAAGAUCUUGCUUGUGGAAGAUAACAAAAUCAACAUCAUGGUUGCCAAGUCUAUGAUGAAGCAACUAGGCUAUACCAUGGAUAUUGCCAAUAAUGGAGUUGAAGCCAUAAACGCUGUUAAAGACACUAGCUACGACUUGGUACUCAUGGAUGUGUGCAUGCCAGUUAUGGAUGGUCUAAAAGCUACAAGACUGAUCCGUUCGUACGAAGAAUCUGGGAACUGGGAGGCAGCAAUAGAAGCAGGAGUAGAUAUAAAGACAUCAGAGAAUGACCAAGCUUUUGUGCGUUCCACUGACAGGUUGCCUAUAGUGGCAAUGACCGCAAAUACGUUAGCAGAGAGCUCGGAAGAAUGUUAUGUAAAUGGUAUGGACUCUUUUAUUUCGAAACCUGUAACGUUGCAAAAAUUGAAAGAGUGUCUACAACAGUAUCUGCAGUGA